GCGGCGCGGGCUCACACGGAGGGAGCGGGAGCGGGAGCGGGAGCCCGAGCGCGCCGGCGGGGACAGGACGCGCCAGGCCCGCCGGGCGCCGCCCGCAGCCCGAGCCCGCCGCCCGCUCGGCCGCGCCGCGGCCCGCCCGCCGGCCCCAUGGAGGAGAUGGAGGAAGAGCUCAAGUGCCCGGUGUGCGGCUCCUUCUACCGCGAGCCCAUCCUGCUGCCCUGCUCGCACAACCUGUGCCAGGCGUGCGCCCGCAACAUCCUGGUGCAGACGCCCGAGUCCGAGUCCCCGCGCAGCCGGCGCGCCUCGGGCUCCGGCGCCUCCGACUACGACUACCUGGACCUGGACAAGAUGAGCCUGUACAGCGAGGCGGACAGCGGCUACGGCUCCUACGGGGGCUUCGCCAGCGCGCCCACCACGCCGAGCCAGAAGUCCCCCAACGGCGUCCGCGUCUUUCCCCCGGCCAUGCCGCCGCCCGCCGCCCACCUGUCGCCGGCGCUGGCCCCGGUGCCCCGCAACUCCUGCAUCACCUGCCCGCAGUGCCACCGCAGCCUCAUCCUGGACGACCGGGGGCUCCGCGGCUUCCCCAAGAACCGCGUCCUGGAGGGGGUCAUCGACCGCUACCAGCAGAGCAAGGCCGCGGCCCUCAAGUGCCAGCUCUGCGAGAAGGCGCCCAAGGAGGCCACCGUCAUGUGCGAACAGUGCGACGUCUUCUACUGCGACCCGUGCCGCCUGCGCUGCCACCCGCCCCGGGGGCCCCUGGCCAAGCACCGCCUGGUGCCGCCGGCCCAGGGCCGCGUGAGCCGGCGGCUGAGCCCGCGCAAGGUCUCCACCUGCACGGACCACGAGCUGGAGAACCACAGCAUGUACUGCGUGCAGUGCAAGAUGCCCGUGUGCUACCAGUGCCUGGAGGAGGGCAAGCACUCCAACCACGAGGUCAAGGCCCUGGGGGCCAUGUGGAAGCUGCACAAGAGCCAGCUCUCCCAGGCGCUGAAUGGUCUGUCGGACAGGGCCAAAGAAGCCAAGGAAUUUCUGGUGCAGCUCCGCAACAUGGUCCAGCAGAUCCAGGAGAACAGCGUGGAGUUUGAGGCCUGCCUGGUGGCCCAGUGUGACGCCCUCAUUGACGCCCUCAACCGACGGAAAGCCCAGCUGCUCGCACGUGUCAACAAGGAGCAUGAACACAAGCUGAAGGUGGUUCGAGACCAGAUCUCUCACUGCACCGUGAAAUUGCGCCAGACCACGGGCCUCAUGGAGUACUGCCUGGAGGUGAUUAAGGAGAAUGAUCCCAGUGGCUUUUUGCAGAUUUCUGACGCCCUCAUAAGGAGAGUGCACCUGACUGAGGACCAGUGGGGGAAGGGGACGCUCACUCCCAGGAUGACUACGGACUUCGACCUGAGUCUGGAUAACAGCCCUCUGCUGCAGUCCAUUCACCAGCUUGACUUCGUGCAGAUGAAAGCUUCCCCUCCAGUCCCAGCGACCCCCAUCCUACAGCUGGAGGAGUGUUGCACCCACAACAGCAGCGCCACGCUGUCCUGGAAGCAGCCGCCUCUGUCCACGGUGCCCGCCGAAGGGUACAUUCUGGAGUUGGAUGACGGCAACGGGGGCCAGUUCCGGGAAGUGUACGUUGGGAAGGAGACCAUGUGCACCGUGGACGGUCUGCACUUCAACAGCACUUACAACGCUCGCAUCAAGGCCUUCAACAAGGCGGGCGUCAGCCAGUACAGCAAGACCCUGGUCCUGCAGACGCCGGAGGACACAGAUUCAGAAGAACAGACCCUCCCUUUUCCAGUGCCUUCGGAAAGGUUGCCGCUCCGUAGAAUGAGUCCUUUCUCCUCCACCCUUAAUCUACAACCCAGCUUCCCCAGGAGAUCCUACUUUGAUUUCCGAUCCUCACCCCACCAGCUGAGCUUGCAUUCCUCUUUACAGUCCCUCAAUGUACCGGGAGGCAACUUUGAGACACAGUCCGCACCUUACUCUCAACUAGUUGACAUUAAAAAGCUGUUGGCAGUGGCCUGGUUUGCUUUCGACCCUGGCUCGGCGCACUCUGACAUCAUCUUCUCCAAUGACAACUUGACUGUGACGUGCAGUAGCUAUGAUGACCGGGUGGUGCUGGGGAAGACCGGCUUCUCCAAGGGCGUCCACUACUGGGAGCUGACUGUAGACCGCUAUGACAACCAUCCCGACCCAGCCUUCGGCGUGGCUCGCAUCGACGUGACGAAGGAUGUGAUGUUAGGAAAGGACGACAAAGCUUGGGCAAUGUAUGUGGACAAUAACCGGAGCUGGUUCAUGCACAACAACUCGCACACCAACAGAACUGAGGGAGGCAUCGCCAAGGGGGCCACGGUUGGGGUGCUGCUCGACUUAAACAGAAAAACCUUGACGUUCUUUAUCAACGACGAGCAGCAGGGGCCCAUCGCCUUUGAGAACGUGGAUGGCCUCUUCUUCCCGGCCGUCAGCCUGAACCGGAACGUGCAGGUCACGCUGCACACUGGGCUCCCGGUCCCCGACUUCUACUCCAGCAGAGCGUCAAUAGCCUAAGGAUGUGCUGUGGAGGCACCAGCUGCCCGUUCUUCCCCCAUGCCAGAGCCACAGCAAGGAGCUCACGUCAGAGAGCUGGGAGGAGGGGGCGGAGGAGGAGAGAAAGCUGGUCCUCUGGUCUGCACACCCACAGCCCCGCGCCUCUCCCUUUGAGCUCCCUACGGCUGUGACGCCUGCGUUCGCCUCCACGGUCGGCAGUUCUGACCAACCCAGGACCUAGACAGCCCACCCCUCACUCUGUUUCCACUCCCAGAUUUUGCUUUUAUUUAACUAAAUUUUUUAUGUAGGUGAGUUAUAUAUAUAUUUUUUUCUGAUCAUGUUAUUGGUGAGUUACUGAACUGGCGCUGCCAGGAGGAAGUUCUCCUGCUCGCUUUCUUCUCAAGCUUUCUGACAAAGAUGUCGGGAGAGGUAGGGAAGGAAGCAGGAGCUGAACUGGGAGCUUGUGCCUCACCUUGGAGAAUGUUCCUGUGCUCGUCCCGCUGGGGCGGUGCUGGCGCGGCAUAGCUCAUCUUUGGGAGGAGGGCAGAGAGAAUGUAGCACUGAGAAGCAGUGACUACCCGUUGAAGCACAAAAAUGUCAGCCACACAUCACACAAAGGUUGGUCGUGGGGUAGCUUCACUGGGACGGCUGGUUCCUUAGGACAGGCCGGAGACCCUGGUCACGAAACGAAAUUGGAAAGUCUGUAGACAUUGGCAGACCAGGGGCCUUAAUGAUUUGGUUCAUUUGUUUGAUGCAAGUGUUUAAUGGAGAGCCUACUAUGGACCAGGCACUGUUCUAGACACUGGAGACACGGUGCUGAAUACACAGGCGUGGUCUCUGCCCACCUGGAGCUUACGGGAGCAAACAGAAAGUUACAUAAUGACAAAUUGUUACAAGUGCUAGAGAGGAAUCAACAAGGGGCACAGAGGCUCAUUGGUAAGAUCUUCCAGUUCCACUAUCCACCCGUUGUGGCCACGGCACCAGAAAUGUACCAGCUCAAUGCCUUUCAGCCGCACAAUUUUAAUCAUAGUGCCUGCUGCCGUGCAUCGGAGCCCUUCCCUGGUAGAGCUGGCAUCAGCAUUCUUAUUUGUUAAUGCUGCACUGCUACUAAGCCUUAAAAAUGAGUGUGAAAAACUACAGUGACCAGAGGGAGGAGGACCCGUCCCAGGGAUGGGAUCUUAGGUUGCAGCCCACGGCCCUCACGUUCUCAGGAUAAACACGCCUGUCUCAUGUGUACUGUCUGUGCCUGUUACAAGUGAGAAACCCAUCGCUCUGCUACCAUUCACAGCCCCACUCUCCAGAGAAGUUCAGAUGAAGACCGGAAGAAGAUGAAACUGUACGUCAUCGCUGACUGACCGCAAACUCAGAUAGCUUUCCACUUCCAUAGGGGGAUGGGCUUCUCAAGUCACCCUUCAGAUUCUUAGUUUGUCAUUGAGUUUUAGAAAAUGUAGCACCUGGAAAGAGGUUCUGAUUAGUUGUCUAAAUAUUCGCCAGUGAGCCAAGAAAUUUACUGUCGAAAAACAAGAAUAACAAAUAGAAGGGAAGAGGGGGAUGAGAAAGCUAACAAAAAGUUUUGGCAAAAAGUAUUACCUGUAAAUAGCUAACGAUUUUCUCUUCUGCUUCCUUGACUUGGGUGAUCUCCGUCAGUCGCAGUGUUUUCCUAGGUGAGCGUACCUGAUUUAUUGAACGGGUGCUAUUCUGUCUGUGCCCUUCCCGGGUUUUCUCGGCUACAGAAACGCUCUGUUGCAGGACAACACCGGUUUCACAUUUGAUUUACUCUCCACGGAGACUCGAUGGCUGGGCCGCUGUAGACUCAUAGUUACUCUUGUUCUUUAUUAAAUUCGUCCUGCUAAUUAGAUUUCCAGUGACUUGUAACACAGAGUUUUCACAAAAUUGCUGUUCUAGAACAAUUACAGAACAAAGCAUAUAGCUACUGUGCUAGAAAAAAUGGAUAUUUCUGGUGUGCCAAUAAAUGAUUUUUAUGAGAGAACA